CAACUUUGUACUUGAACCGCAAUGCAUCAUGGCCAACCAUUUCUCACCUCUGCUACACUCUAUUGCUCCAAUAUUAUCAGGGGCCGAUGCACUGAUCCUCCUCGUUUUCUGCUCACUCCCAUUCUUAUCGUUAUCUUCCCUCGGCAAGAUCAGGGCUCAUGACUUGAUCCCAAAUUUCCAAUCGUUUUCCCGGGUUCUUGAACACCUUCCUUCAUGACCGACGAAGAGACGCCGCUCUUGGGUGACGCGGCUCCGCCGUCCAAUUUGUCCAAGACACAAGUCGCGUACGCGCGUUUCUCACGCUCGCAGAAAAGGACGAUCAGUGCGCUGGUCAGCUACAGCGGGCUUCUUCCGCGUGCGUUUCAUUUCGCUUGCUCUCUCUCUCUCUCUGUACUCCGGGUAUGUCUCAAUGUGCGCAUAGUCUUUGCUGGCGGCUCCUUCAUCCCCUCCAUCCCUGAAAUCGCGCAUGAUUUGGGCUCGACACCGAAGGUCAUCAGUCUCGCGGUCAGCAUAUCGAUCUUCAGUGCUGCGGUGGGGAGCAUGACCUUCGCGACGUACUCCUCCUUCUAUGGCCGCCGGCCGAUGUACAUGGUCGGUCUUCCUUUGCUCUGCAUCGGCUCUUUGGGAGUCGGGACCUCCACUCGCAUACCCGAGCUUCUGUUCUGGAGAUUCGUGCAGGCUUUCGGAGCUUCGGGAGGCAUGUCCGUCGGCGGAGGGAUCAUCGCCGACAUCUACUCCCUCACCGAGCGCGGGACUGCCAUGGGCAUCUUCCACGCGGCAUCUUUGCUCGGCAACGCGCUUGCCCCAAUCGUCGGUGGCUGGGUCGCGCAUUACACGUCGUGGCGCUACCUUCAGUUCGGGCUCUGUCUGUCGGGAGCGCUUCUCUGGCUGCUGAUGCUGUUGUAUCUGCCUGAGACAAGCCAUCCAGGGAUCACCGGCUGGGAGAAGUUGAUAGAGGCGGAACAUGCUGAGGGGAAAGAGGACGAUGGGAGGUUCCGAUGGGCCUGGCUCAAUCCGCUGGAGUGUCUGUGGUACUUGCGGAGUCCUGUGAUCCUGCUGACGACAUAUUCGACCGCCGCUACUCUGAUUACCGAAUACGGCCUCCAAGUGCCCAUGGCCCACACAAUUGGAACGCGCUACGGAAUCACGAAUCCUGCACUCAUCGGUGCUUGCUUCAUUCCCAUGGGAGCAGGAAACAUUCUCGGUGCUCCCCUCGCAGGAUGGAUGUCUGACCGAAUAGUCAUCAAGUACCGUGAAAAGCGAGGGGGUGUCUGGGUCCCCGAAGACCGGCUACGAGGCUCGCGGAUAGGAGCGGCCACACUGGUUCCGCUGAGUGUACUGGGCUCCGGGUUGGUCACACAAUAUGGGCCGGAUGGGAUGCUGGGACUGGCGCUCAACUUGUGCUGCUUCUUUGUGAAUGGAGUCGGUGUCGACACCGUCUUGGCUCCCAACUCGGCUUACUCUGUCGACAUCAUGCGCGAAAAAAGCGCCCAGGUGAUGGCCGCUGGCGCCGCUCUUCGCUCGAGCUUUCUGGCCAUCGCCGUGGCUCUGGUCCUUCCCUCGAUGGAGAAAAACGGUGUUCUUAUCACCGAUGCGUUGGGAGCUGCCAUUGCAUUUACUGCAUUUCUUUCGAUAACCAUUUGUAUUCGAUACGGAGACAAGUUAAGGGCAGCUGUCGAUAUUGGGUUCACUACUAUCGAUGAACUUUGAAUAGAAAUUAGAAAAGUUGUAAAGCUCGAAUGCGCUUAUGACGCGCUAAGUCACAACUUCGUCACAGCGCGAACGUGACACUACC